CGUCCGUCCAUCCGAUUGGCAGAAGCCCUCCCCUGUCAGCCGCCAGGCGCCGGUGCCAACCAUGCCGAAAGGUCCGAUGACCAGGCAACGGACGCGCACCCCCGACCCUCCGCCGGCGGAGCUGGGGCUCAUUGUUUCUCCCUCCUCUUCGCACGUGAUGCCGCAGCCCCCUACGGGGACGCAGACGGACGCUUGCGACGGCGAUGAGGGGGCCCCGGAGGAGUUCAGGAUAUACGCCGAUGAAGAACUGGAGGAGAAGAUCAAGCGCUCGAGCCGCAAACAGACGUUUGCGCUACCCGACGGGGGUGAGAAGAUGCGCAAGUUCGUCUACAGGAUGAGGAAGGAGCUUGAUCGCCGCCGCGCUGCCCGGCCGAGGAAGGUUGACACGGGUCACGAACAGGCGGUGCAGAUAAUCAGUGGGGAUGAUCCUUGCACCUUAAUGCCGCCGCCAAUGGAGAACACAAGUAAUCAUGCUCCCGACAAGUUACAGGAGUCCGUCUGCCAGGUGGAGAAGGAACUUGAUCACCGACUCACUGCUGGGCCGGGGAAGGUUGACACAGGUGAUGGACAAGCGGUAAAGAUAGUCGGCGGGAAUGAUUCCCACACCUUAAUGCCACCGCCAGUGGAUAAUGCAAGUAAUCAUGCUAGGGUCAUUAACAGUGAGCCUACUGAUGGCGGCUUAAACCCUCUUGCCUCUCCUAAUCUGGAGGGACAAGCGGUAACAAGUACUAAUGUAGGGGCUGAAGAAGUUCAACCCACAGCAUACACAUGCCCAAGGCAGAAAGGAGAGGAUACUGGAAACAAAGGCCAGCUGAGUCAGAUGGCCAUGCUACUUGAGGUUGAGAAUUUCUUAGAAUUAAAUAUGAAGCAAAUACAAAAACUGGUGGAAGAAGUUAAGGAGGCGCCCAAGCAGGAGGACAGAUUUACAAUUGAGAAGUGCGUGGCUGCGUUGGAGGCAAUUGAAGAGCUCACUGAUGUGGAAAAGGCGAAGGCCUUAAGGCUGUUCAAAUGCAGUCUGAACCGUGAGAUUUUUAUGAGCACAAAGAGUGCAACUGUCCGGCUCAUAUGGUUGAAAAGGGAAAUUGAUGCUUAGCCAACUUCUAGCUGUGGUACUGGACUAGAAGGGUAGUGCGCGCUUUGCUGCUCAACUUAUCUUCGUGGAAAUGCACAUGUUUUAUUUUUAUAUGCUAGGGUUGUUUGACGUGUUGGCAAAACAACGAAGAGUUUUUCGUAAUGUGAUGUUUGGGUGGUUACUUUUUGACCGUGUGAUUGGGAGGCAGCUUGUAAUGACUGUACACACGUGAGGGAGUUACUUCUUA